AGGUUACCUCUGAGGAGAGGUGGGGUAGGCAGCUGAAAGGGCCAUUUCCCUUCCCCUCUCUGCUCCCCAGUUAUCCCCUGCAGAGCCCAGUGAGCAAACGUCACAGCCCCGGCUCCUCGGCUCAGGAGUCAAGACCCUACUGAAAUGGCCACAGGAGCUUCUGCCUGCGGUCCGCCGUACCGGGUCCAGGUCCGUGCGUCCGAGAGCUGCUCUGGACUGGAGAAGAAGCUGCAGAAGUAUUUCCAGAGCCGGAAGAAGUCUGGGGGAGGAGAGUGCAUGGUCAAAGCCGGCCCAACCGAAGGCACUUUCUGGCUAGAGUUUUCGGAAAGAGAAGCCAAGGAAAGAGUGAUAGCAAAGGGAGAUCACACUGUGGAAGUCAGUGCUACAUCACAUGUGAAAGUCUUCAUAGAAACAAAUGAAACCUCAGGAGAGAAGAAUACUUUGGAGAUGAGCCAGUAUUCCUCCCAGACUCAGUCACUCCCAAAGGAAUUUCUAGAUGAGAAGCAUCCAGAAGAAGGAGGUGCUUCUGGCUCCUCUGAUUCCAUUAUUCAAAAGAUAUUUCUCCGUGUGGAGGCCUACCUGACCUUCAACCUUUCCAGAGAGCAAAGGGAGAAAAUUAUUAACCUUUGCCCAAAUCUCAGAAUAGAGACAGGCUCUGAUGGAAAGGAGAAAGUGAUUGGUGAUUACCAAGAUAUUCAAAAAAUUUAUCAAUUUUUAAGUGAGAGGAUCCUGGGAAAUGACCAGAAAGAAGAUUUUCCUCACUCAGCCUCAUCAAAAGAAAUCAAGGAAAUUAUGCCAAAUGACUGGGACAGUCCUGUUCUUCCCUCAAACUCAAAACACAGAACAGAAGAGUUGGACUCCAUCUUAGUUCCUUCACAUUUGUAUGAAUAUUUUAAAUUGUUCUUUCCUGAAAUUCUGGACAGAAUAGAAAAAGAGCACAAAGUUCAUAUCAAAAAUACUUUGGCAUAUCCUAUAGGAAGUGUCUGUUUAGAUUUUGAGACAAAUAAUCCUAGGGACAGAAAAGCAGCUGAAGAAGCUUUUACCAGAGCAUUUCAAAGGGAAAUACAGAAUGUGACCUCUCAGGAAGUUCAUUUCACAGAUAAUCAGCUGGCACUUGAAGUCCAAAAAACACUGGUUGACAGGUUUAAAAUUCUAGCUAUGAGAGCCGAGGGAAAAGUCUUGAUUCUUCUGGGAAACCCACAGGAUAUUUUAGAAGCUAAACAUUUCAUUGAAGCAAACUUCUCCCACAAACAACCUGUGAAAAUUAUGGUUUCCCAAAACAUGAUGAGGAAUGGAAUUGAGGUUGAUACUUCUCACUUGUGUCUUCUGUGCCAAGAAAUCAUAGAAAUAGAGAAAAAAUAUGACACUACAACGGAAAUGGUGAACCAACCCCAAACUGGGAAAACCCUCCUUGUAUUUAAACCAAAAGACAAAGGCCUAGACCUUUCUGCACAUGCUUAUGAAUAUUUCAUUGAUGUCUUUCAGAUGAUCUUAGCUCAUAUUGUUAAGGAGGUAGUUAUUCUGAAACCAUUAGAACAAGGGAGAAAGAGUUGGUCUGAAAAGACAUUCUUUGAAGACUUUAAAACAAAGUACCCUUUUGUAAACUUUGAGUGGAAUGAACUACAGUUGACAUUGACAAGUUUGCCCAAGUAUCUGACAGAGGCAAUCAAAUAUAUUAAGAGAUAUUUUAGUAUUGAAAGUCCUGCUCAGCAGAGAGCAGCUCUCUCCUUUGGAGGAAAUUGGAAUGAAGACCCCAAGUCCCCUUUGGAAAAAAAUGGUGAUGAUUUCAAGGUGCCUUUACCUCUUUGCAAGGGAUUGCCUAGCUAUGGGGACUUAGAGAAAGAGAAGAAGGAGGAAGAGGAGGAAUGUGUCAUCUGUAUGGAAAUUAUUCACCACAAAGAAGUCCUCCCAAAGUGCAAACACACAUUCUGUGGCCCUUGUAUCAGAGAGGCCAUGAAACAUAAGCCAGUGUGCCCUAUAUGCCAGACUGCCUAUGGCAUCGUGAAAGGAAAUCAGCCUGAUGGAAAAAUGACUUACUCUUGCUUGUCUUUUUCACUUCCCGGUUAUGAUUCAUGUGGCACUAUUGAGAUCCUUUAUGACAUGAGUGGAGGCAUACAGACGGAAGAUCAUCCUAACCCAGGAAAAUACUAUAGUGGAACAAAACGGACGGCAUACUUGCCAGAUAAUGAAGAAGGACGGCAAGUUUUGAACCUCCUCAAAAGAGCUUUUAAGCAAAAGUUGAUUUUCACAAUAGGCCAGUCUCGAACAUCAGGAGUUACGGAUGUGAUCACAUGGAAUGAUAUACACCAUAAAACAAAAAUAUAUGGUGGACCAGAAAACUUUGCUUACCCUGAUCCCGGCUAUCUGGAACGAGUCAAGAUGGAACUGAAGGCAAAAGGGAUUGAGUAAGAGUGUUGACUUCAAGGAUGCCUUGAGAGCAGGGCUUGUAAAAGCUGUGGCUGUGGAAAGGCAUCCAAGCAGUCAUUAACAUGUGUGUCUAUAGGCACCAUUUAGACAAAAAGAAAAGAAUUUGAGAAGAAACCAGUUUUGGGCUGAGUGGGAUGAACUGCUAUCCGCUAACCUGUCUAAUUUCUUAGAGAUUUUACUUUUUAUUAGACAAACUGAGAGCCUGGUAGGAAUGUAAAAGUUGUUUUAGUGAGAACCCAAAGUGUAUCAGUUGGUCCUUUCCUGCCUGUCUCCAUUUUGCUGCCACCAAGGAUACUGGCAUUAAGGAAUCUUCCAUUGUACCGUUUGCGCAAGGUGAUGACUGCCCUUCAGGUACACUCACAUUAUUUGUGGUUAAGUUGUAGGUGGCCUCAAAACUCACCAGCGCUAGCUCCCCUUUAACUGGAAUGGUAGCCAAGAACAUUAAAAGACUGGAAGACGCUUUGGAGAAAAUUUUAGUCUCCAAAUAUUUGUAUGAGUCUUUCACUUCAAAAAGAAAUCCAUUCUUGCGACUCUGGCAAAUGUAAUACAAAUUGAGGAAUGGGGAAAAAUAUUUCUACAGUAAAGUCUAGUGACUUCCAAACACUUUCAAUAACAGAUAUAAAAGCCUCUGGCAUUCAAAGCCCUUCAUAACUUUGGACCUCACUUUCAUCACCUACUAUGUCCUCUGUUAUUAAGUGAUACUGGCUUCCUUGAUGUUCCUUGCACAAAAAACCUUCAUCUCACCUGAUUGUGCAUUUUCACCCGAUAUCCCCCCAUACCUUGAAUUCUUUCCUCUCUCAUUUCUGCCUACAGGCUUCCUUGACUUCUUUCAAAUCCUACCUAAAGUCCCCCUUUCUACAUGAAGCCUUUCCCAAACCCCCUUAAUACCAGUGCCUUUUCUCUGUUGAUUAUCUCCAAUUUAUCCUGUAUAUAACUUGCUUGUACAUAGUGUUUGCGUACUGUCUUCCCCAUUAGACUAUGAGCUAUUU